AGCGACCCGGGCGUGUGAGCCUGCGGCUGCUGUCGCAGGACGUCUUAGCCCGGCAGGGUGCUCGCGCCGUAGCCAGAGCCAUGCAAAGCUACAAGUACGACAAGGCGAUCGCUCCUGAGAGCAAGAACGGCGGCAGCCCAGCCCUCAACAACAACCCGAGGAGGAGCGGCAGCAAGCGGGUGCUACUUAUCUUCCUGGACCUCUUCUGCCUCUUCAUGGCGGGCCUGCCCUUCCUCAUCAUCGAGUCAAGCACCAUCAAACCUUACCAUCGAGGGUUUUACUGCAAUGAUGAGAGCAUCAAGUACCCGCCGAAAACUGGAGAGACGAUAAAUGAUGCUGUACUCUGUGCUGUGGGGAUCGUCAUUGCCAUCCUCGCGAUCAUCACAGGGGAAUUCUACCGGAUAUAUUACCUAAAGGAGAAGUCCCAGUCAACAGUUCAGAAUCCCUACGUGGCAGCACUCUAUAGACAAGUGGGUUGCUUCCUCUUUGGCUGUGCCAUCAGCCAGUCCUUCACAGACAUUGCCAAAGUAUCCAUAGGGCGCCUUCGUCCUCACUUCUUGAGUGUCUGUGACCCAGAUUUCAGCCAGAUCAACUGCUCGCAGGGCUACAUUGAGAACUACAGAUGCAGAGGAGAUGACAGCAAAAUCCAGGAAGCCAGGAAGUCCUUCUUCUCUGGCCAUGCCUCCUUCUCCAUGUACACCAUGCUGUAUUUGGUGCUGUACCUGCAGGCUCGCUUCACUUGGCGAGGCGCCCGCCUGCUCCGGCCCCUCCUGCAGUUCACGCUGAUCAUGAUGGCCUUCUACACGGGACUGUCACGAGUCUCUGACCACAAGCACCAUCCCAGUGAUGUCCUCGCAGGAUUUGCUCAAGGAGCCCUGGUGGCCUGCUGCAUAGUUUUCUUCGUGUCUGACCUCUUCAAGAGCAAGACGACCCUCUCCCUGCCUGCCCCUGCUAUCAGGAAGGAAAUCCUCUCACCUGUGGAUAUUAUUGACAGGAACAAUCACCACAACAUGGUGUAGGUGUCACCCACCUCUUGAGCUGUUUUUGUAAAAUGACUGCUGACAGCAAUUUCUUGCUGCUCUCCAAUCUCAUCAGACAGUAGAAUGUAGGGAAAAAAACUUUUUUGCCUGACUGAUUUGAAAAAGAAAAAAGUGUCUUACUUUGUGGCCUUCCAAAAUAGGUAGUGUUCACCUAUGUGGAAACAACAGCAAACUAACACCAAGUGCCGGAAUCCUGGAUGUGCAAUUGGUUUAAGUGUUCAUGUUCUAGUGAACACGGGCUUGUUCUGGAACAAACACUAAAAUGAUUUGUGUAGAAUCUGUUAGUCACCUUUGUGACCUGAGGAAUCCCAGGCCUGUCACAAAAGCACAAAUUGACAUUGUAGCACACGAUGCCAUAAAUAGCACUGAGUCAAGAAAAUACCUAUUGCAGGGGCUUCCCUCCUGCGUCUCUCUGCUCACCCCACUCUAUUCUUUACUGUGACUUUGGUUCAAAAAGUUCAUUUUGUUUUUUUUAGGUAAAAGGAAAGAGCAAGCUUGCUCAGUCACAUGAUCCCAAAUCCAAAUCCCCAGUCCUGAGGCCUUAUCACUUCCCUGGCCCACAGGCCAGUAACCACAGUCCCUCACAUUAGUGAUUAGGAGACUCUUUGUGGAUGAGUGAACUUCACAAAUAGCACAAUUUCAGAAGCUGUCGAGGGUGCACACCCUCCUUUGUCUUCUGUUGACGCUUCAGCCUGUGAUGAUGAAAUGAUCAUUGCAGGAUGCUGAUGUUGUGUACCCCAAUCACCAGGCACUUGCACACUCUUAGAAAUGGUUAGAUGUUGGUGACUGCCUUCUCCCUUGAAAUCCUUGCUGUGUACCUAUCGGGAUUUCCUGUGAGGGUGGAGAUGAGCAAUGGUGUCGUCUGCCACUGGCUAAGAGGAAGCGGCCUUCCAUACAAGAGAUGGGGGAGUGCAGGGGGCAGAAUGAAAAAUGAACCAACCUUUUGGCUGCUCAAAGUCAGAAGGAGCCAGAGUAACAGACGACUCAUACCUGCAAGGCUGCCCUUCAAGAUAACGGAGCUGAUGGGAGUCCUUGUAGGAGUUACUCUUGCUAAACUGUGUAAAGCACUAUUGUCUUGGGGUUGAUCUCUAGGGCAGUUCUUGGUAGGUUCUGCUGGGCAGAACAUGUGGGUUAAAUCUCCGUAGAGAGUUUUCCUCAUCCUCUAUCCCUAAGUCCUUUCAAGCAAGGUCUCACUCUAGGCAGUACACAGGAACUCCUGCUACUGAACCUUUGAGGAAAGGAGGAAGGAAGAAAUGCUUCUAGAUCUUGGAUGCAAACCUUUCAAAGGGCUAAAUGUAACCAUAUGCAUCAACCACAUGCACAUCCGUCCUUUCAUUUCAACUAUAGCAAGCUAUGAUUUUUAUAUAUAAAUAUUAUAUAAAUAAUGUAUAAAACAUUAAAAGUUAACUAUGUAAAAUAUUAUUUCUGAAACAAUUUUAGCUAUAUCCACUAUGAUUAUAAACUGUGUCUCGACCUGUGUUAUUUACAUUAGCUGCUUAAAAAAGCAUUGAGUUAAUUUUUUUUUAAUAUCAACUAAAAUAUCGUAGUUCUGUGGUAGACAUUGUUUUACAAUGAAAGAAAUAACUGCAACUAGAGAAAACUGUAUAAAAACAUUAAAUUGUCAGUAUUUUUGUAAGGUUCCAUUUUGUAAAGAGAAUAAUAUUCAAAGACUUUUGUAGAAUACAAAGUGAAAACUUGUAUCUGCGAAACUAUACUUGUAUUAAAUGUGCUUUUGAAAUAAAAGCUCAUAACACAACUAAUUAAGAAAUUG